AGGCAAACCUAUCAACAAAAGUAGCGUUAGCUAGCUAGUAAUGUUUAUGCUAUUCCUUUGAAAGUUUUUUGAUUAAUUGUAUGGCCUUUCGGGUGUGAAAUACUUUACGCAAAAAAAAUUUUUUAAACGUAAUUUGUCCAGUCAGCAACCGAUAUUUAAUACCAGUAAGAUUGGUCUGUAAAACGACUCAAUUUGUUACUAACCUUAGCUAACGCUGGCUAGUUUAACGGUCGUUCACGAACUAAGAUAACCGCUAACUAACUAGCUACCGAAUUGACAGCUUCCAAAAGUCAACUUAGUAGCUAGCGUAACUAGUUAACCGGUCAGCUUUUUUAAAUUUGAUUUUGAAAGGAAGUAGGAAGCUAAUCUGUUAGUCAAUUUGCACUUGGGUAACUAUACAUGGUUUUUUUUCCUAGCUAAAGUGAGACGCUUUGUCCGUUCAAAUUUCCCACCCUCACCAUCUAGCGUCACUGAUGAGAAAUUGUCCGACAACCGUAUUUUGUUAUCGUAAAGGUUCCUAGAAGCUAACAGUACGUAGCGUGAUGGAAUCGCCCCCCAAAAGUGAGCGUGUUAAAAUGGGGCAGGAGGUGGACUCUCCGCUGCCCCCCAUCUCUGAGCGGCUGGCCUAUCUGCGACCAUCUCGUGAGCUGCUGGAGUUCUACAGACAGAAAUUGGCCCAGUUUGAUGCAGAACACGAUGACCUGCUGCAGCUGCUGGAGAAGUACAAGAGCACUACAGAGGACCAGCACAAACUGCAGUGGGAAGUGCGUCAGCGUGAAGAAGAGAUAGCGGAACUACAGAAGGCCCUCAGUGACAUGCAGGUCUACCUCUUUCAGGAGCGGGAGCAGGCUCUUCGCCUAUAUGCCGAGAAUGAUCGACUUAAGAUCAAAGAGCUUGAAGACCGGAAGAAGAUUCAUCACCUUUUAGCCCUGGUGGGUCCAGAUACUGGGGCGAUCACCUAUUUUCACAGGGAGCCUCCACACAAGGUCAUUAUACCUCAGAAGAAACUUCAUCCGAAAACACAGGAAUAUGAAAAAGCAGCAAAACCAAAGGCUGGAUCUGCCAAAGCAGGAGGCAAGAGACUGUUAAAAGACAGAGUAGAUGACACAAACUCAGAGCAGUACAAGAAAGAUAACCAGACAUUGCUGCUACAGGUGGAGGCACUGCAGGCACAACUGGAAGAGCAGACGCGGCUGGCUAAAGAGCAGGUGGAGUCCCUUUUGGAGGACAGGCGUAUUCACAUGGAGGAAGGACAUGUCCAGCAUCAGAGAGACCAGGAGAGAAUCACCGCCCUCACUGACAAACUCCAGCGCACACAGAAUCUGCUGUAUGAGAGCACAAGAGACUUUUUGCAGCUCAAGUUUGAAAGUCGAGCCCAUGAGAAGAGCUGGAUGGUGGAGAAGGACAGGCUGCUGAGAGAGCUUGACUCCUGUCAGGAGAAGCUAAGGGAGGCACGUUGCUUCCCAGAGCAGCCAGGACCUUCUGUAGCUCCCUUGCUCCUCACCCAGCCUUGCCCAGACAGCAGUCACACGCAUCAAGAGGAAGUAAGGGCACUACAAGAGGAGCUCAAGCAAGCCCAUAAGCUGGCAGAGAUGUACAGGGAACAGUGUGUGUCGCUGGAGGCAGAUCUGGCCCAGAUCCAAGAGGAAGGAGAUGUAGGCAGAGAGAUCUUCAAUGAGCGGUCUGACAAAAUGGCCAAGCGUCUUCAGUUAAUGACACAGCGCUACGAAGCUCUGGAGAAGAGACGGGCCAUGGAAGUGGAGGGUUUCAAGACCGACGUUAAACACCUUCGACAGAAACUCAAAGAUGUGGAGAAACAACUUUUUAAGGUGACUCUUAAUGUGGGGCCAGACCAGGACUUGGCCAUUCUGCAUGAGGUGCGACAGUCAAAUGCCCGUACCAAGAAAAUCCAGGGGGAAUUAAAAACCCUAAAAGCAAAGAUAUAUGGACUGGAGAAUGAACUAAGAUUCAGUUGAAUUCUGAAAUGAGAAAAUUCUUAAUCUCCAAGUCCUUUAACAAGCAAAUCACUAGAUUUAAUCAAGGAUGACAAUCCUGUAAGGGGUAAGUUAUGCCAGUUGUAAUAAUGAAGUAAAGAUGGUCCUUGGUCAAAUCAUUAUUAUAUAAUGUCUGUAUUUCAUACAGAGGCCCAGAGACAUGAAGUAGUCCAAGGGCAUUUGUAUAUUUAUUUAUUACUAAUAUUUUUAAAACACAUUAUCUUUUUAAAAUGCUACCAGUAUUUCCCCUGGUAGAAAAACUGGCAUUUUUUUCUUAAUAAUGUGAUUAUAUAUGAAUUUAUGGCAGUUCUCAAGUUUUGUCUUAACACCAGUAACAACACAACAACAGUCAUUUGAUUCCAGAUUGCCAUUUUCAGAUCACUCUAUUUGAACUUUCAGAAAUUCAAAACAAUUAAAUGAAUAAACACUUACAUGCAUGAAAAGAUCAUAACAGUCCAAUGAUCCACCAUGAUGCACUGUAUUAUUGUUUUUGGUUAAACUCUGGAUCAGUAUACCAUCUAAGGAUGCAUACUCAAAAUUAAAUAAAAAUCCACAAAAUAAAUCUGGUCACAGAGCUUAUUUAGAAUUUAAAAAUAGUAUUAAAUCAUUCAAAUUGACUUACAAACGCAAAUGAGAUUCUCUUUGAUUAAGUUUUUCAGAUCAACUUUAACACUGAAAUGCUUGUAAUGGACACAAAAAAGCAUAUGAAAUCGAACAAAUCUAUACUGCAUAGUGCAGCAUGAUCUGGUGUUGUAGCUGGUAUAAUUCACUAGGUCAUAUUCUAGUUUGUCUCAAUUCAAGUAUGUGUUAACAAAUUGCUACAUUUCCCAAAUUAAGAGUUUUAUCCACAAAAGUUGACAAAUAUAUUGCACCAAAGCACAAAAUGUACCAUUAUUAUCCGGCAAUAAGUGUCAUGGUACCAAAUUCAAUACUUUUUUUUUCUUCCUUUAAACAAAAUACACUACAAAGAACUACAAAAAACAUUAACAAAUAUAUCAAAUAUCUGCAUAUAUUCAAAAUAUCAAAGCUGUAACAGACAAAACUGUAGCUAGCAGCGAAUGCAAAUUUAAAAGCUACACUCUGCACAUAACCAUUUAUCACAACCAUCAUAGCUUCCACCACUAUUUCAUUAAAAAAAACCAUUUCAUUCUUACUCCUGAGUAUCCAAGGUACAAAGUGCAUUGUCAGUCCACCUUAUCUAAAAAUAAACAUCAGAGUGUUAAUGUA